AUGUCGUACCACUACAACAGCAACCACUAUGACGACUACCAUCAUCAGUCGACCAGCGCAGCAACUUUCCCCUCGCCGUCGUCGUCGUCGUCCUCGUACCUCCACGCGGAGCAGCCUCCGUCGGCACCACUCGGACAGGCACCGCCUCCUCAAGCUUUAGCUCCACAAGGUCCGUCUCAGGUGCACUGCGAACACUCUGCGAGCAGUGCUUGCUUCAUACCGUCUCACACGGCUGAUUGACAACUCGACUGCAGACCUCGAGGUACCGUUCUAUGCACGUACGAGCGCGGCUCACGGCGAAGAGCUACGACACCGUCAUUCCAUCACCGCCGCUCCAUCUCAGCCGUUGCGACCGUCCCAGACCCAGUACGACCACAAUCUAGCCGGAUACGACCCAUCCCAUCCCCACCCUGGGUAUACACGCUACCAAGCUCCCGUUCCCGUUCCCGUUCCUGCUACAGCUCCUGUUCCACCGUCACAACCUUAUGCCAUAGCCGCCGCUGCCUCGGCUCCUCGCCCUCCUCCUGGCGCCUAUGUCCCUCUACCGCCGACUGCUCCUCCUCGGCCGCCUCUUCCACCCGGUGGACAUAGCUCCUCGUCCUCCUUACCCGUCAACUCGGUCUCUGCCCCGCUCUACCCGACCGUGGACGACUACACCGCUCGGCUCGAGGCGUUGCAGAUGGGCAAUCUCUUCCCCCCAGAUUCGUCCUCGUCCCCGGCCUCGUCGCCUUCAACCGGUCUGAGACCCCCACCUCCGCGCCCGUUGACAAUAUCGCCCCCUUCCAACUCGAGCCUCAAUCACCACCGCCACAGUAGCCCAACAACCCCUGAUCAACUCUACCCUCGCGACCAACGCGACAGCUUCACCAGCGGAUUCAUCGCCAUGUACGGUGGCUCGCCCUCGCCGCAGAAUUCCCCCCUGCCGUUCACGAACAACCUCUCGUCGUCUUCUGUGCAGUACCAAGCCCAGCAGCGCUACUCGAGCGAUUCGCUGACUGCUGCGUCGCCGAUUCAUGCAUCACAUCUGUCCAGCGCCACGGCCAUGGCCUUGCCGAGUCCGCCCUCGCCUCCGUUUCGAUCGCAAGCCGCCGCAUCGCUCGCCGCCGUCACGGGGAUAUCGAAUGCUGCUUCCACCUCGGCUUCAACUUCAAACAAUCCUUACCCGUCCCAUGCCUCGCAUCCCAGCACUGACUCGUCCGCGACCCGGUCCUCGAACGGAUCCCUGCCGCGACCGCUCCCGCACGAAGAUUCGUUCUAUUCGGUCGCGUCCUCGACAUGGUCACCGGGGCAGCCGGGUCAUCAGCAUAAUUCGAACCACAGUUCGACUUAUAGCUCCCACCAUACGAGGAAGUCGCCACCCCCACAGCAUCAACCGUACGAAGCUGCGCUGCCUAAACCGUCGGGACCACCCCCUUUCGUCCACUCCGCCUCGUCAUCAAGUGGACGGUCCAUCUCCGACGGGCUGACGUCGGACUAUUCGAACCCACCGAGGUCGGGUAGCCUGGAGCACUUUCGAAGCACGGCCAGUCCGACCGAAUGGGCGAGAGUGAAGGCCAUCAACGGCGGCGAGUCCCAGUUCGAGCAGCAGCAACACUCGCAGCGGUCUCAUCAGCCGCCGAGUAUCCCUGCGACCGUCGUGACGUCUACGCCUUUUUCGAGCUCCUUCUCAGUGCCUGGCUUGACUGCGAUUGAUGAGUCGGAAUCUCCAAAUCCGGCAUUCACCGUUUCGCCCGUCGAGUCGCCGAACAUGACGACCCACCCGGUCUUUUCCAGAGCACCCAAGCGGUCCAUGACGGGCUCGUCCUUGUCGCCGCAUGUGCCCUCGUCGCUUUCGCCUUCGACCUCUUACCAUAGUCUUAAACGAACGACCUCGGGUGCUUCGACCUCGACGCAGGCGACGACGAUGUAUGCGACCCCGACCCCGUUCUCGUUCUCCGCCGCCGAUCUGCCCGAGUUCCUCAACCCCGCUCUUCUGUCCCACCUCGCCGUCUUGCUACGCGACUACAUCCCUCGAUCGACGCACACCAAGUCGAAUCGCGAAUACCCUCGCUCCUUCACCUCGCAGGACAUCAUCAACACGUUGCAAUGCGCGCUCGUCGCCGGUCCGUGCCCAGUCGACCCGCAUGACCGCAAGCUCGCACUCUCGAUCGCUCGAUCGUUGCACGAGUCGCUGUGGUUCCAUGAAGUCGAUUGGUCCGACGCACCUAUUUGGGACGCACCGGCUCCGACUAUGAACGCCGCCAAUUCGGCGAAUCAUCGACUCUACCAAUUCGACGACGGCGAGCGGAGGUCGGAAGUGCACGUGUCAAAGGAUGAGACGCAGGACGAGGACGAGGCGCCCAAGGGGGUGUUGACGGCUUUGACGGGGUGUUAUUCGCCGUUCUGUAAUCAGUUGGAGGAUGAGGAGACGAGGUACAGGUGCUAUGCUUAUGAUUGUUCGAAUCGGGCAAAGGUCAGUUUUGUGAGAGUGAUUGUAUGAGACGAGGAGAGCUAACCAGGCUCUUAUGACGGUGCACCUAGCGUGGAACUGCGCUGCAGAGACAGACGAGUUCAAUCUCAACCUUAACCGUGGCCGAGACGGUCAGUUCCUACCUACAGCCUUGCGAGAACAAGUUACGUACUGACUUGGUUGGUGACAUCAAGCAGAUUGAUAAGCCGCCAGAAAACUGGGUCACCUCGGUCCCGGCCUCGGUCGUCAGCUCCAUGUCAAAGCAUGAGAUUGAGUACCAGAACAGGGUCUACGAGUUGAUCAAGGGAGAGGCCGAGUAUUAUCAUGAUCUUGAGCUGCUGGACUCGGUACGUCUUGGCAUGCGACUAGUGGAGUGUAUUUGCUACCGGGAAAACUCACACCAUGGUACUCGCAGCUCUUUGCUCAACCAUUACGACAAGCAAACCCGUCUAUCCUCCAACCCGCAUCCCGAGUCGAGCCCUUCAUCGCUGAAGUUCUCCAGAACGUCGGUGAGGUCCGCAAACACUCUGGCGCUUUCCUCGACGCUUUGCAAGAGCGGCAGAAGCAGGCCCAUGUCUUCCAUGGCGUCGGGAGGAUCAUGCUUUCAUUCGUUGUGGACUGGUCACCGGAUUAUACGAAGUUUGCGGUCAAUUUCCCGUUUGCGGAUGCGGCUGUCAGGGAGGAGAUGGGGAGGAACCCCAAGUUCAGGGACUUUUUGGGCGUGAGUCGUCGUUUGGCAUGCCACUCUGGAGAACGUACAAAGACUGACGGUACACAUCUUCAUCAGCAAUUCCGCUAUCGACCCGAAACGCAUCGCCACGACUUUCACCACUUUCACACCCGAGCGACGAUCCGCGGCGUGCGCUACCUCCUCCUCCUUAAGGACAUCCUCAAACUAUCCCAAGAAGACGAUCCUGAUCGUCCCUACGUACUCGAAACGAUCAAAGUCAUCGAACAGCAAGCCGCGGCAGCGAAUAAACUGAUCAAAGUUACCGAAACCAAAGUCGCUUUGAGGGAAUACGAUCGUGACUUGGUCCCCAAAAGGGAAGGGGAGAAUUUGAGUUACCUCGACUUGAAGAAUGAACAGGAACGCCAGUACUUUGGGAGUGUUAAGGUGCUUAAACGGGUUGAUGGGGCUGUUGGGACGGAGUGGAGCGAGUGUUGGUUGGUCUUGUUUGAUCAUUAUCGUGAGUUUUUUCCCGGGUCGGGAGCUUGUUGCGAGAGUCUGGGGAGCUGAUUGAUGGAAUGAAUGCUCCGCAGUGGUGACGACCAAGAUGCCACGGGAAAAGGACGGCAGGAAGCGAUACGUCAUGACUCGACGGGUGAGCUCAGCUUGGACCAGAGUAGAAUGGUUUCCGGGGUGACAUAACUGAUGAAGCUUUCCAUCUGCAAAUCAUCGUAGCCCGUUCCACUCGACCUGAUCCAGCUUAAGACGACGAGCUUUAGUGAUCCGCCUCAGCAACGGACAUCGGGCUUCCAUCUGCGCAGUGCUCGAGCCGGCACCCCUGGAUAUGCCGAUUCGCCUUCGAACUCUAGCUCGACUUCCCUCGUCUAGUAAGUCCUUCGUGGGUCUGCGCGGUGGUGUGCUUCGAAUGUUACUCAUCGUUUCAUGUUCCCUACAGCCCCAUCCACUUUUAUCAGAUGGGCCGUUACGACGGUCAAGUCUACUUUUACGUCGAAUCGCAAGCGACCCGACUGGAGUGGGAGCAAAAAUUCCGCGAAGCCGUCGAUCUGCGAGCGCAACGGCAGUCCGUCUCCAAGGUCAUUCGAAUGGACCUUCUCGCCGAAACGACGUUUGGAGCGACCCAUGUCGUCGGCUCCUUGGAUGCGAUGACGAGCCAUAACGCCGUGGGCAAACCGACAUGUUCCGUUCCGCUGGAUCUAGCGGAUGGUCAAGCCUUGGUCAUUAUCGGGUGCGCGGAAGGGCUGUUCAUUGGGUACCGGGGUCGACCCAAGUCGCUGCGUCAGGUUGUCGCUCUCUCUGGGAUCACGCAAUGCGCCGUACUGCCCGAGUACGGCUUUGUCCUCGUCCUGGCGAACAAGGUCCUCAUCGCCUACUCACUCGAGGCGCUCAUCCCGUCCGGUACAUCCUCGAACAGCUCCAUCUCCCGGGCACCGCAGCGUCUGAGUGGUCAAAAGGAUGUAUCAUUUUUCCGCGUCGGCAAGAUCGGGACCGAAGCGCCCAAGACGUUGAUCAUCUACGCCAAGAAGGGCGGCGUCAAGGAAUCCAUCUUCAAGGCUUUGGAACCGGUCAAUCACUCGCAUAAAGGUGGCGGUGGCGGUGCGGGUCAUAAGUUGUUCAGCUUUGGUUCGAGCAAGACCGAGAGCUUCAAGUCGUACAAGGACUUCUUCAUCCCCGCACUCGUGAGCGGCUUGCAGUUUCAUAGGAGCAAAUUGGCUUUGAUCGGUUCGCGCGGCGUUGAGAUCAUGGACCUCGAGGACAUGAAAACAAUGACGGUGCCUGCCUUCCCCUCGUCUCGCCACGACCGAUCGCUCGUCUCGCUCGCCGAACGAUGCGAAAAGGCCCAGGCGCUCGGCAUGUUUCGCUUGCAAGGCGAUCGCUUCCUCCUCGCCUACACCGAUUUCGCCUUCCACGUCACUCGCCACGGUUUGCCAAUCGAGGGGUUCACCAUCGAGUGGGAGUCCAAACCCGAGAGCGUCGCGUUCCUAUCCCCCUACAUCUUCGCCUUUUCGCCCACCAUCGUCGAGAUCCGCCACGCCCUCACGGGCCAACUCGCUCAAUUCAUUACAGGGUCCCAAGUCGCUCUUAUUUACGACGGCACAGCAAUCCCGACCUCCCCUUCGAACGACUAUUCUCCUCGAAGAUCGCAGUCGUCCAACGAAGUUGCUCCCGCGGAGAAGAGGCUUCAUUUCAGUCUCAAGUCGGGACAUUAUCAUCUCGUUUACGAGAUUGAUGUCUUGCCGGGCUUUCAGAGCAUUCCCGAGGCGGAGACGCCUUCAUUCCCCAGUGGGUUUGGCGCGUAG